GUUUCCAUAAAAGAGGGUGAACAUCAUUGAUAUUGUCAAAUAUUCACAGAGAAGAGAAACUGAGGAGACCUCGACAAGCUUAGAGGAAGCAAUUAAGGCAGAGAGACAAAUAUCAUCUUGUUUUUUAAAGAGUUUGAAGAUCAAACGGCAGAAAGUCAUCAAGUGACAUCAGUCGACACUGCUACAACUUAAAGCAUGCCUCCGUUUGUGCUGAAAUGCACUCUGUUGUGUACAUUGAUGGCUGUAAUAGUGUGUUCUUGUACGCUAAAAAAUCACACCAUAUGGAUCGAGAGGCAAAACUGUACCCAGUGUGUGGCUAUCAACACAACCAUCUGCAGCGGCUACUGCUACACCAGGGAUACCAAUCUGAAGGGUCGGUUUGGGAGGUCUUUCUUGAUCCAGCGGAGCUGUGUGCCUCUCUCCCUGUUGUAUCGAGCUGUCUUUCUUCCUGGCUGCCCUCAAGACGUCAACCCUUAUCUGCAUUAUCCUGUGGCCCUCUGCUGCAGCUGCAGACGCUGUGACACACGCACACACCACUGUAUCCGCCCCAGACCGUUCUCUUAUGAACAGUGUUCCAUAACACUCAGCGAUGUGGAGAACAGGAGCCGGAGCUGCAUUGGAAACCUGACCACGUGCUAA